AUUCUGUCUGUGGUUCUAUCUAGAACGAACAAAUAAACUAAUGUCAUGUCAGCCAUGAUAGUGAAAUUGAUUGUUUUUGCUGACUGCGUCCAUUUUAGCGAAUAUUAUAAUAUAAACUGAUUUCGUUUCCUGUUGAUUGGUGCCUUUAUUCUACUAGGGGAAGAUUUGAAUAGCUUUGUAUUGAUUAUUAAUCAUACGAUCGCUUUUUUUCCAAGAUUUAUUUAUAUGAUUUAGGUUAAGAUGAGUGUCAUAAUAAGGCUGCAAAAUUUACCCUGGUCGGCAAACGCUUUGGACAUCCGACAGUUUUUCAACGGUUUAAGUAUCCCAGAAGGAGGAGUUCAUAUAGUUGGUGGCGAAUUGGGAGAUGCUUUCAUUGCUUUUAGCACCGACGAAGAUGCUCGUCAAGCCUUCCAGAGGAACAAUGGGAACAUCAAGUCCGUUCAGAUUACCCUCUCGUUGAGUUCCCGUACUGAAAUGCAACGGGUGAUAGAAGCGGCCAGGAGUCAGACUUAUUCUGCAUUCAUGCAGGCAUCGCCGCCUGCGCCAAGUAUAAUGCCAGCUGCUGUUCCCUGCGCAGUACCAGCCGCAGUUCCCGAAAUCAAACAAGAUAUAUCUAAAGACAACAAAAACGAUAAAAAAGAACGUGAGAGGAAGAGAUCGCGAUCACGAGAAAGAAGAGAUCGAUCUAGAGAUCGACGCGAUCGACGUUACAGAGAACGCAGUCGAUCCAGAUCCAGAGAUCGGCGGAGAAGACGUGAAAGAAGUAGGUCCAGGGACCGCUCACGGUCUAGGGAACGCAGAUCCAGGGACAGCAGUAGAAGGAGAUCUAACGAGAAAGUUAUCGUAAAGGAACAAAGGAAGAUAGAACCAUGGGCUCAGAACGAACCCAUUAUUCAACAACCGCUUGUUACCCCCGGUUUGAUUGCUAACAAUUUCGUGAACAAUUUGGAGGAACUACGACGAAACUUGAACGUUAUCAAUCCGGCUUUGACCGGGAACAAUUUCCAAGCUGCUCUUUCUCUCAAUCGAGGACGUGAAAGUUGGCCACAAACGAACCUACCGCAUUUGAAAAAUCAGAACAUCUUCCAGCAGAGACCUUCCGAUGAAAAUUUUACUAACGAACCGAGAAAUUUUCAAAGUAAAAUGGAAAGUAUGAAUUUCGAUCGGAACAAUCGUCGGAAUAUUUUCGCGAAAGUGAAUAACUCGAAGCCGAUGGAACCCGAAUCCAGAAACCAAUUCGAAAGAGCCCCAGCUCCAAACUGCUGCGUUCGAAUCAAACCCUUCUACGGCGCUUACGGAGAUCUGCGACGUUUUUUCCACGGCUGUUUCAUAAGUAAUAAAGGAAUUAAAUUUAUCAAUGACAAGUCUGGUUCAAGAACUGGAAUAGUUUACGUGCAAUUCGGAAACCCCGAGAGCAAAGUUGAAGCUUUGGCUAGGAAUAAUGAGAAUAUGAAUGGGAUAAACAUAUCAAUUACGCAUAUUGAUGAUAAAGAAUUUGAAGCUUCUGUUGAUAGAUUCUUGCCUAAAAAAGACGAAGAGGAAGAAUUUCGUCCAUCGAGAACAUUUUCUGGUAAAACGAAAUUUUUCAAUAGAUCCGAUAAAUCGAUAGAGACGUUAAAAGUAUUCACUUGUUUAACUGUAGAAGAUCUUCCAACUUAUGUUAAAGAACAGGAUAUCCUGAAAAUGUUCUCGCAUUACCCCCUGACUAGUAUAAUAAUUCCUCCAAGAAGUCGCGAUAGUUACAUUGCCUACGCUAGAUUCAGCAACGCUGAUGAUGCCAAAAAGGCCUUGUCCGAGACGCAGUUGCAUGUUAUAGAAGGCAAAGCUGUUACCGUCAGAGCCUGUAAGGACGAAGAUUUCGAGAAAGUGAAUCAAGAACAUGACGUUAAAAUCACACCUCCAAAUGUCCAGCGAAAAAUUGAUACCGACUGCCUCAGAUUGUCAGGUUUACCAUUAAAGACCAAUGAUAGAGAUAUAGCAGAUUUUUUUUCCGAUAUCGCCGUUAUACCGAAGAAAAUUCAUCUUAUUAAUAAUAAUUUCGGUGGUUUCACGGGGGAAGCUUUCUGUGAAUUUGAAACUUUGGAAGAUGCAGAGAAGGCGUAUUCUAAGAACUCAUCAUAUUUAGGAACUGAAUUGAUUAGUGUCACACCAGUGAAGAGGAAAAAUAUGGAAGAGUCACUUGGAAUAAAACCGUCUCCAGAUGUGAAAGUUGUUAUCAAAUCCGAUCAGGUCAUUUCGUCUCCUGAAGAUCUAGAGAUGAAAAUUUUGAAUUCUGUUCAACAUAAUGAAAGAAUGACCGAGUUCCAGCCUGACAAUUCUCAAAUUCCUUUUUACCCCGAAAAUAAUACUCCACGCCCGUUCCAAAAUUCAAGGAACAACUUCGAAGGAAAUGGUCGAGGUCGGGGAGGAUUUGGCGGACGUGGUGGAAGAGGUAGCAGAUUUGGGCCACCAGUAGGGAUGCGUAAUAAUAUGUCGCAAGAAGUACCUCCAGGAUGUACGGUUUAUAUGGAUAAUAUUCCAUACAAAGCUGGCACAAAUGAUAUAUUAGACUUUUUCGAAGGCUAUAAUGUGGCUAAUAAUGUGAGUCGACGGUUCAACCCUAACAACACACCAACUGCAGAAGCGAAAGUAGUAUUUCGUACUCCUGAGGAAGCAUUCGUAGCAGUCAGAGAUAAAAAUAUGCAAAAUAUUUGGGAUAGACCAAUAUAUUUGAGACAGGUUUAGACAUAAGUAAAAUUGUGUAUAUAGUUGUAUAUAUGAAUAGAUGGUUAAAGUCAAUAUUAAUUUAAAGAAGAGAACUGGGACAUGUUUUCAUUUAUAGGACUGUUAGUUUCAUCAAGAUUGGGAAAAUUCUAUUGAAUUUUUGAAGUACAAAUGAUAGAUAUUUUUUCAAUUACUUUUUCGCAGAUAUUGUGGAACAUUUCUGCUUUUCUAUCCAUUCUGAUGUAUUCAUUAUUUUAUUCUAUUCCUUAAUUCCUUCAAUCUGUAAAUAAAAUCCUAAUUAACUGUGCUUUGAGGACAGUUAAGAAAUAA